CACCACUCAUCACCGCCCCUGCCUGUUGUCGACGACGAACGACGACGACGACGAAGAAAAAGGAGAUGACGAGGACGAAGAUGAAGACUCCAUGACUGCGAACCCCUCGAGAAACGAAGCUCUAGCUCUUCAGUUCCGCUCGCAACUACUUUCGACUCCUCCUCCUCCUCCGCGAUGAUGACGGCGAUGGUUCGCUGAGAGAAUCUCCGGUCGAGUGAUUGGAGGUCGCAUUUAAGAAAGCAUCCUCGUUCUCCGUGCAUUAAAGCUCAAGCCAACCAACACAUCCGCAAGAAUUCGGGAUCCUCAGAUUCUCACCGUUUUCUGUAUUCAAUUCAAUCGCCUAGAAUCGCUCCCUUCGCAAUUACGAUCCCGCGGCUACGGGACUGCUCCGCGUCAUCAGCGAGCCUACUGUUUCGAGAGAUAUCUCGCGGUUUGAGCUGAAGGAAGGGGAAGAUGCUGACGUGCAUAGCUCGCUCGAAGCAGCCCGGCGACGACUCGCUGAGUCAGCCUGAGAACGCCGCCGAUUCCACCUCCGCCAUCGGCCCUAAGAACCAAUCCAUCAAGUCUCUCACUUCUCAGCUUAAGGACAUGGCGCUCAAGGCCUCCGGGGCGUACAGGCACUGCAGUCCCUGCACGACGGGGUCGUCGGCUGGGGGUCAGAGCCGGCUCAGGAACUCGAGCGAGUCGGACGCGGACUCGGACCGGUUCCGGUGGUCGUACAGGCGGCAGGGGAGCUCGAGCUCGAACACGCCCAAGCCGUGGGGGAAGGCGGAGCUGGAGGCGAGGCUGAAGGGGAUAUCGAGCGGCGAGGCGACGCCCAAGUCCGCGAGCGGGCGCCGCGAGCCGGUGGUGUUCGUGGAGGAGAGCGAGCCCAAGGAGUGGGUGGCUCAGGUCGAGCCCGGUGUCCUGAUCACGUUCGUGUCACUUCCCCGCGGCGGGAACGAUCUCAAGCGGAUACGGUUCAGCCGAGACAUGUUCAACAAAUAUCAAGCUCAAAGAUGGUGGACAGAGAAUUAUGACAGGGUCAUGGAACUAUACAAUGUCCAGAGGCUUAACCGCCAAGCCUUUCCACUUCCAACCCCCCCAAGGUCUGAAGAUGAGAGCUCAAAAAUAGAAUCUGUGCAAGACAGCCCUGUAACUCCACCACUCACAAAGGAACGUCUACCGCGAAAUUUGUAUCGUCCACCAGGAGUGGCAAUGGGUUAUUCCUCCUCAGAUUCUCUUGAUCACCACCCUGGACUGCCACGCCCUUGUCGUGACUCUACUGGUGUCGCAUCUACCCCAAAACUCUCCAGCAUCAGUGGUGCCAAGACAGAAACUUCAUCUAUUGAUGCCUCAAUGAGAAGUAGUUCUUCAAGGGAUGCAGAUCGUUCAGGAGAGCUGUCGUUCAGCAAUGCUAGUGAUCUUGAAACUGAAUGGGUCGAACAAGAUGAACCGGGAGUUUAUAUAACGAUUAGAGCAUUGCCAAGUGGUAAAAGAGAGCUCAGACGAGUCAGAUUCAGUCGAGAAAGAUUCGGGGAGAUGCAUGCUCGAGUAUGGUGGGAAGAAAAUAGAGCGAGGAUCCACGAACAGUACUUGUAACUGAAAGCACAAAGGCAAUGGUCACAGUUCCAGAGGUUACCACUUGUUCCUUUUUGCCGGUUUUUUCUUUUCACUUAUUCUACCAUGUUGCUUCUGAAACCUAUUCAAAUGUAUAUCUUAAAGGGUGUCAUACAGGCACCUCUAGGCAUGUGGAGCUACCAAAAUCUUUUGUGAGCUACCACUUCUUUUGGAGCUCACUCCUUGUGAUGCUCCAGAGAUAUUAGCACGGGAUGCGGGUCAUGAACAAAAAUUUUGUUUAUGUUAAUUAUCCUUCAGUCCUGGGUAGGUCUUUCGUUUAUUGUGGGGUUAUCAUCAGUAUACAAAGUUUCAAGUCGGCUCAUUAAUGUAUUACACAAAGUAGCACAAGUUUUCCAUCUCCUUUCA